GCUGGAGCAUCGAUCAAGAAGAACAAGCAUGUCGUCGAAGGUGGUUCUCAAGGGAAAAGGCAAAUCAACGAAAGGAUCGAAGCCAUCCGUUGAUAAUUCAACAUCAAAGCUCUUUAAAGAAUGGAGCACAUGGACGAUCAAGAAGGCUAAAGUCAUCACUCACUAUGGAUUCAUACCAUUGAUCAUCGUCAUCGGCAUGAACUCCGAUCCUAAACCCUCCAUCUCUCAGCUUCUCAGCCCCGUUUGAUCGGUAAUUAUUUUUCAGUACUCGUCGACUUCAAUCUUCAAACGAAUCAAUUCACUCUAUAUGGAAACAUCGAUUACUAUAAUGAGUUUAGGGUUUCUAUUUUCUGUUUUUGUGCAUUUGAGGAUUUGGGUUAUUCAUCCUUUAGAUAGAUCCUGCUAAUUGUCUUUUUGUGUUAUGACUUAAUAAUAUUUAGGAGAUGUUAUGAUACAUUCGUCCUUAUUCAUAUUAAUUCAUAUGAUUUGCAUUCACU